CCAUAAUAUAAAGAAGAAGAAGAACUGCGAAGCUGGGUGUCGGUUCAAAUGUGACCUGCAGCUUCAAAUGAAUCUCGACCGCAUUUUGUCGCCUUGCCUGCUUUCCUGGACGCAGAGCCACCGCCGGUCAGAGUGAGAGCGUGUCUCUUGGUAAUGUAAUGUUUAGGAAAACGAUUUGCGUCGCUGCAAAUAGAAAAUUAGCUUGAUAGCUUCCAGUUCAACGAGAAGGACCUCGCUGCAGCAAACAGAAAGGGGCGGGGCCAGUCCUAUACCUUAUUUGGAAAUAAUAAGGUAUAGGAUACCUUAAAGAAGCGGGGUUAAGAAGUCGACUGAAAGAAGUUUGAGAGGUUCUUCCACAAUGCAAAACCCACAAAGGCAACAAAAGAUCCACGUAUCCGUUUGCAACAUUCGGAACGGAGAGGAGAUUCUUCCGUAUUGCGUGAACGAUAAAUAUCGCUGUCCCCUUUGCUCGUACAGUGCCGAUGCAUCGUACAAGGUACAGAACCAUAUAGCAACAACUGCUAUGGUUCAACAUAACGAAUUCCAUAUAUUCAGAUGUGGCCUACCCUGUAGAGACACAUCUCACUUUCAUUGCCCGUACUGUUUUUCGACCAUUGACAGAAGGGACAGGUUUGUUAAUCACUUGGUUAAGCACGCAGCGACUUUCAAUAUCGUGUCCAGCUGUGCAUCAGCCCAGACACUUGUCCAUCCAACAGCUACCAACCUGCAGGCAACACAGACACUUGUCCAUCCAACAACUACCAACCUGCAGGCAACACAGACACUUGUCCAUCCAACAACUACCAACCUGCAGGCAACACAGACACUUGUCCAUCCAACAACUACCAACCUGCAGGCAACACAGACACUUGUCCAUCCAACAACUACCAACCUGCAGGCAACACAGACACUUGUCCAUCCAACAACUACCAACCUGCAGGCAACACAGGAACCUGUCCGCUCAGAAGAUAUGAUUACAUGUGAAAUGUGCAAUCUGCGCCUGAGAAAAAAGAAUCUUCGUAUUCAUUUGAAAAGAAAACACCAGGAAAAUGUGGAGCUGAUUUCACAAGAUCAUCAUUUAAGGAGUCAGUGUGUGGAUGCCGAAAAAGGUGUUUUUGCUGUUGAGAAAUCCUUUUAUGGUCCAUCAAAACCUUUACAUGUAAUAAAAAACACCUGGUCACAGUUUCACAGAUCAGAAUGUGAGCUCGACAGGUGUAAUGCGAAUGCACAGUUUGCCAAGCGAAGUGGGAUUUUGCCUUUUGAAUGUGAACACAUUCAGUCAUUACGCUUUUGUUCACUCACCACAGACUCAGAAGGACCUCUGUCUGAAACUACCCUCAACAUCCUGGUUGACAACUUAUGGUUCAGUCUUCAAAGAAAAGAAGAACUUUUAAACAAUCAGCAGGAGGCGCUAUCAAAUAAUACGCCGUUUUCAGUUCUUCUUUUUGGCAGUGGGACAGACACAACUUUUCACGUGUCUGUCUUUGAACCUAAAAUGGUGUUUUUCAGCAGACUUGGACGGGUCAUUGUCACUUAUGACAAAGGAAAAAACACCUGGCAUUGUGCAUGUACAGAGGGCAAAAGGUCCUGUACGCACAAGGCUACAGCAAUGUGGCAUCUCUUUGAAAAAAUGCCAGACAUGUUCAGAGAGGCAGUGAAUUCAGAGGAGGAUGUUAUGUGUGGGACAACAGUAUCAGAAUGUCAGGAGGAUAGUGGUUCCAUCACCGAUGAAGCAGCAGAGAGGAUAAUCAAGUACUUGAUUUAUCAGAAGAAAAUACCUGCCGAUCUUCCCGACAGCCUUAUCACCAGCAGUAGAGACGCCAAGGCUCUCAGUGGGUUCCCCAAACAUCUGAUCCCAUCAGAGACCGAAUGCACAGAAUGUGGACAACACGCCAGUCUUGGUGACCCUCAGUUGGUAUCUUCCAUUGCUAAAAUAUUGACUAUGACAGGAGUAGUUAAAGGUAUAUCAACAUACAGGAAGACUUGCCCCACCUGUUCCAUGGUUUACCGAUAUCAAGACUGGGAAGAUGGUGUCCACAACUUCAACGAUCACUUGCUGCUGUCCAUACAUCUGUGUCUGGUACUCAGGAAUGCAUUGCAGACUCACACCGCUGUAAGUCGCAUAAUCGAAAUGAUCGAAUACACAGAAGGAGAGAACUUUCCUAACAAGGAUCGGAUCCUGCAGGCAUAUCUGUCGUUUGAAGGUCUAAGUGACCAUGACUACCAAUACUCAUGCAUUUCGUGUGGGUAUCAUCCUGCAGUUGUUGUCAUGGAACGCCAUAAGAAAGGUGUUUUCAGCAUGCCAGUUAGUGAAAUACCAAACCCACCUCAACACUAUAAUGGCAAAGUGAAUGCACGCUCUUUUUGGGAAGCGGUUACUAUGGAAGUGAUUAGCCGUGGACUUUAUCCGUGUAAGUCUGGUGUCUAUUCAACAGAGAAGUUGGAAACAUUUUGUGCACCAAGUUAUUCAUGCAUUAAUGUGCCUCAAAAAAUGUCUCCAUUGCAUUUCUCAGCUGGCCGCAAGAAUCCUUUUGUUGUAAAAGCUACUUAUCACAACUGGUCCCCCUGGAUUGGACCACAGACGAGACGAUCUGACAUUUUGAUGAACACAGAGAGUGAAAAAGUCCACUUGCCUGAUUCCAACAGUGAUGUAGACCAGUUUCUCACAGAAGAGCGGUUUGCAGAUGAGGUUCUCAAUCUCAAGCUACCUGAGGUCAGGAGACUCUGCAGUCAAUGUGGAAUUGACAGCAGAGGUUCUAAGAUGGAUCUUGUGCUCCGUCUGCGGGACAGAAUGGCUUCUAGAGCCACACAUAACAAGGAUUUUGAUAAAGUGUGCGGUGCCUCUGGUGGGUGGGCUGUAAUCACUUGUCCCUGUGGCGUUAUUUAUUCUGUAAAGUUUAACCUGAGAGCGGAGAGCCCUAGAGACUUUGCAGACCUUCUUUUGUCCUGGAAGUUUUUUCCAAAUAUUACGGUGUACGACAACCCCAGGGGAUUAGUAAGUCAUCUAAAGAAGAGGUGCCCUGAGGAUACACCAUUUACCAUCCACGAAGGUAGAUUGGUUGAGCCCACACCUGAAAACAUAAGACAAGCUACUGAGAAAAACCUCGCUGUGAACCUGCCCUGGUUGAAGCACCGGAAAGAACCUGGAGACAAGGGAGGACAUCCUGUUACUGGCUCAUUAGAGCGUUAUUGUCUCAGUGAUGUUUCCCGCCGAGGCAAUAGCAAGGACGACGAGGACGUCUUGCAGCGGAUUGAGAUGGUUCCGGAACUUGCAGGAAGAUUAAACAGUCAGUGUGCAGAGCAACUAUUUGCAGGCAUGAGGAAGAACAACUACUUCCUCAACACGCUCACCCCAUCCACGCACGUCUUUCUGCAAAGAAACAUCCUCCACCAUUUCAAUCUUCGGAAAAACACAGAAGCCAAACAAGGAAUUCUAAAAGUUGCUGGGCCACACGCAACAUUGGUCCUAAACCAAAAUGGAUGCAUUUCUAAUGGGCUGUGAGAAAAACCAGCAACAUGCUUGCAGCUUGGAAGCCAGCGUUGUUCGAACUCACCAAUGUCCUCUUGCUGACUCUUUGACAAGCUUAAAACCAACUGAAGCAAAUAAAUCCACCUGGAGUCAACAGCCUAAUACCACAGAAACGACUUUGGUAAAUGUUUAUAUCGACUUUGCUUUGUGUUUGUCUUUCUAAUAUUUCUUUCUGGGGUUUUUUGUAAGAAUUGUCGGUACUUGCAGUUAUGACAUCGUCAUGUGUUUCAAUAUUUGUUUAUAACAAAUCACACUGCACAACAGUGUUCCCAAUAGUUUUCUACUGGAGAAAAUCAGUCAUGAAGUAAAAAGUGAAAUUUCCACAAACCAACAGUAUAAACACAUUGUAAGUUGUGCAUAUCAGUACACAUACUUGAGGGAUGCAUAAUAUUGUAAAAAAUCAAGUUAAUACAAAUGUAUUUAUCUUCAGUUUUUCUUUCCAAAGCUUGCUCAAGUAUUA